ACGUCAUGUACUCUAUUAAUAUUUUGACUGUUUUACUUCACGAUCAUCGUCAUAAAUAAAUUGUUUUUCAUCAUUCCUGAGUAUCAAUAGUUUAAAAAAUUUGUCGCCUUUUUCAUCGUAAGAAGUAUAUAAAGAUGUUUUCAGGCGUUCCAGUAACUCAGAGCGCAUCAUCAACAACAAGCCAUCGUCCAGAACUAUAUGAGGAGGUGAAAUUAUACAGAAAUGUGCGAGAGCGAGAGAAAUACGACAACAUGGCAGAGCUAUUUGCAGUGAUCAACACCUUAGAAUGGCUUGAGAAAGCGUACAUUCGAGAUGCAGUUCCUGCUAAAGAGUACACAGGGUCAUGUUCCAAGCUUUUAAUGCAGUACAAGGCAGCGUUCAGACAUGUCAAGGGGGAGUUCACAUCAGUUGAAGACUUCAUGAAGAAAUACAGGAUGAAUUGCCCAGCUGCAAUGGAGAGGAUAAAAGAAGAUCGACCAAUCACAAUUAAGAAAGAUGACGGGAAUACCAGCGAAUGCAUCGCUCAAAUAGUAUCGUUAUUCAUCACUGUAAUGGACAAGCUUCGGCUGGACAUGAAGGCAGUGGACGAGGUCGAGCCAGAGGUCAAGGAACUUAGCGAGACCAUGGGUAGGAUGGGGUCACUACCAGCUGAAUAUGAUGGCAAAGAAAAGAUUAGUAAAUGGUUAAAGACGAUGGGUUCAAUGAGGGCAGCAGACGAACUAUCUGAAGAGCAGAUCCGACAACUCCUCUAUGACCUUGACUCUGCGUACAACAGCUUCAUGAGAACUCUAUCCGGUGCAUCACAAUGAGGCAAGAUGACUUCCACUGUACAUUAAGUAAUUAAGUUUCCCAUUAAAGGAAACAAAAAACCAAGAAGAGAAGCAAUCUUAUUGGAAAUAAUAAAAUGAGAGGAACAAUUUAAAACAAGUUUCAUCAAAAUCGGUUAUAGAAUAAACAAGUUAUGGAAGUUUUAAAAGUCUUGUACUUACAUAUUUCACAUCAUCUCCUCCUGACCUUGACAUAUGAAGUGUGAAUUAUAUUUUCCUGUGACCUAUGUUAUGCUCAGAAUGAGGCAUUAUACAAUUUUAAAGAUAGUAAGGAAAAUCAGAAAAAUAUUUUGUACUAAACAUAUGGAGAGUUGGCCACAAAAUCAGAUGUUUGCCAAUUUAAGGAUCCCCAUAGAAAGUACAACGUGACUUUUAAACGUCCAUAAUUAUUUCACAACCGAUAUUG